AUGAGAACGAGACGCUCACUCCCCGAGCCCUUCCGCUUCCUCGAUCUGCCCGCAGAACUCCGCAACUCAGUCUAUGAGUUCUUGACUGCCGAAUACGAGGGCCGCGUCCGCCGCUUCACUGCGAACUCAUUCUCCCUCGGCGCAAACUCCACUCCCGCUUCGAUCUUCUCACUCGCGCAUGUGUGUCAAAAGCUGCGCAAAGAGUUCCUCUCGCACCUCUUUGCCACGUUCGAAGUCGGUCUAGAUUGGCUGGAUGUUGAUCGCUUCUGUCACACGGUGUGUUCUACCUUUAGCAACGGGAAGUGGCUAUCCACGCGCGCGCCGAAAUCGAUCACCGUAUACAUUGACGAAACCAUCUGCAAUGAGCCUCCCAUUCAAAAGCCUAAAUUUGGAUGUGGGUCCUCGACCGCUGAUGAGAUUGCUGCUGAAGAGGCGGCCGUAUGGCAAGGCAUUGUCCAGGUGCGCCGACCGCGCCGAGUACUACAUCCGUCGCUCAACCUCCUUCCGCUACUGCAAAUGCGACUCCAGCGUAGAGACUUCGUCUGUCUGUUCGUACUAGACCCGAAGGUCAACUGGAAUGCUGUGAAAGAGAAGUAUAACAGCGAGGACACACUGACGGACGAGCGCGUCGCUACAGCAGUCCAGGACCUCGCGCAGUUGAUGAUCUUCGGUAAUGAGCCUUGGACGCAGUGCAUGGAGAGGAAGCUCGACGAGGUUCUACUUCACCCGUGGUCAGACUGGACGGAUGUACAGAUCGAGCUCGUGUUCAAGGAGCAACCAAACGAAUUCAAGACCCUGAGCAGCAAGACACGACGCUGUUAUUUGCCUGAUCUGCGUGGGGCGGGACUGCGAGAGUUCUACGCGACAACCGGCCUGACAUUCAACAUGAGCAUGGCGUCUUCGUCUCCAAAGCCAGACUGGGAAGAGAGUCCUCGGUUACGCUAG